GGGCUGGCGCGAGGCCGUUACCGUCUGGUGCAGGUGGCGGGGAGCGGGUGCGGGCGCGGGGCCGCCAUCAUGAGCUACUCAGGAAUCGUGAGACAGUGCUCCCCCACACAUAAAAGAACUGAGACAACAAUCCUCUGUUACAUAAGACUGUUCUUCCAGUGGGUUAUGGAGACUGGAAUUCUGGGACAAACAGAGGUAAGUAUAGGGAAAUCUAAAUAAUCAUGAGCAUGGGUCAUUAAUAAAUGAAGGUGGUAGAAAAAUGAUUAAGCAUGACAGAUUUCCACAGGUGAAAUCUGUUCCCUAUAUCUGAGUUGUAUCUGCUUAAGUUGCUGUCAGAUGAAGCCUUCUGUUGUGCCUCACUGAGUUUGUUGGUUCUAUCCUGAUUAUUCAGGUCAGCAGAACAUGCCCAGAACCAGCUUCCUUCAAUCCUUCUAUCUGAAAUCUGUCCUCCAUGAAGUGGCACUGAGGAUUGUCAGAGAAGCCGCUUUCUUACUGUGCUACAGUACUGAAUUUCUAGUCUGUUGUGCUAGUCCAGUGACUUUUAGUCAGAACCUGCUCACAAUGUCUCUAGAAUAGUAGUGGCCCUGACUUUAGGGAGAAACUUAAAACAGGUUUGUUUGCAAAUCCUUGCUUUUUUCCAGAAGCUGAGCUGAUCUUGGCCAGGCUGGAGAGCUGUGCCUGACUACACAGUAGAACCUUGCUGAUCUGCAUGUUUUCAUUGGCACACCAAAAGAAAGACUGAGUAGCAGGGCAAAAUUAGCAGAACAUUUGUAUUACUAUGACUGCAAUCAAGUCAAAUGCUGGUUCUGGUCAGUGCACAAAACACAAAAUUGUCCCUUCUCCAGUCAUUCAAGGAUAUUAUGACCUGUUUGAUGCUUUCAGAGCUAGUUGAAAGAUUUAAUCACUAUUUCCAUUUUCAACCAGCAGUCCUUUUUGCAAGAUACAGCAGGGUACUUGCUAGCACAGUUUUAUCUGCCUAACAGUCUCGCCUCAGAGAGAGGUACAAAACAGGUAAGUAGUGAUCACUUUCUCUUCUGAGAAUCUUAGUCCAAGCUGACAGGACAGAAGAAAGGCAAGAAAGAAAAUGACUAACCCAGAUUGAUGCACCAGGAUGCAGGCAGAGCCAAGGGUAGAAUCCAGAUGUCCAGAAGUUAGCCAAAUGCCCUGUCUCCUAGACCAGUGGUUCUCAACCUUUUUUUGUACCAGGACCCAUUUGUAAACAUCAAUGAUCCAGCCCCACAGUGUGUAGGGAACAGAGUGGGUGUGUGGGGCAUGAGAGGGCCCCAAGCCGUCCCCUACAGGCUGAAACUGCAAGAGAAAAGCCACGUUUUCCCACACUUUUCUUCUUUUAAAGGAGAAUCCAUUUUUAAAGUUUGUUCCCAAUUCUCUCAUAUAUUCUUGUGACCCACAGGUUGUGAAAUGGUAUCCUAGACUAAGGAUUUUCAAGUGACCUGUCCUGCUGGAAUUCAGAUGUUUUCACUCGCAAAAUCCGGUUAUUCUCCUGAAAAAGGUUACGAAGGAUAUAGUUAUGGAUAUGGAUACAGUCAGGAUAACUCUGGCAAUUAUGGGUAUGGUAUGGCCAGUUCAAACUCUUGGGAAAUGCCUAAUUCAGACACUGACAUGAACCCUAAUGCUUCCACUGGCACCAAUGCCGAUCUAGCAAAAAUUAACCAGCACGUAGAUAUGGUGUCUCAUCUAGAAACGGACACGAUGCAAGGACACUAUGGCUCAGGUGGAGACAGGUAUGAUUCAUAUGAGUCCUACGACUCAAGGUCUUCACUGAACGACCGUGAUCUGUACAGAUCUGGCUAUGAUUACAGUGAGGCUGAACAUGACAACGACAAUGCCUAUGAAGGUCACUAUGACAACUACUAUGGGAACCGCAGGGACCAGUACCACAACAGAGCACGGGACGACUUUGGCCAGCGGGGUCAGAACUGGGCCAGAGACGGCCGAAAUAACAGACCCAUGGCAUCUUCCUAUUCCGGGCGUAUGGGCGGACAAUGGAAUGAGCCGCCACAGCCUAUGGGAGGGCGGGGCCUUGGCCCCCAUGGCUCCCAUAGGCUCCCUUCCCUCUUCUCGCACAACAUUAUCCCUGAACUCAGCAUGUUCCAGGGAAUGCGAGGUUUCUCUGGAAACCGCUUUGGAGGAGGCUUCAUGAAACAGCGAAUGAGGAGAAACUGGAAAAUGUGGGACGCAGACUUUAAAAUGCAGAAAAAGAAAAUUAAGAAAGAUCCCACUGCCAAGAAGAGAAAGCAGACAAACAGCUCUGAUGAGCCUGACACCAAAGCAGCAAAAACAGAUGGCUCUGACAAUUCUGACUCUGACAAUGAGGAGGGGACAGAAGGAGAAGCUGCAGAGAAGGAGGGCUCCAAAGCUGAGGGUGAAGAUGAAGAAGGAAAAGAUUCUGAAAAAGGUGCUCUAACGAUCCAAGAAGAGAUCAGUCAAAUCAAGCGCAAGUUGCAAGCGGGCAAGAAAACUCAAGACAGGCAGAAAAAAAGGCAUCGGGAUCGGAUGGUGGAAAGGAUUCAGUUUGUUUGCUCGUUGUGCAAAUAUCGGACAUUUUACGAUGAUGAGAUGAAUGAACAUCUGGAGAGCAAAUUCCACAAGGAGCACUUCAAAUUUGUUGGAACCAAACUGCCACAGCAAACAGCUGACUUUCUCCAGGAAUAUGUCGCUAACAAAACUAAGAAAACAGAAGAGCGCCGUAAAGCAAUUGAAGAUAUCAAUGCUGUUAUUCAACAGAUCUACAGAGACCAAGAUCUUACCCAAGAUAUCAGCAUGGAGCACUUUAUUAAAAAAGUGGAGGCUGCUCACUGUGCUGCAUGUGACCUCUUCAUCCCAAUGCAGUAUGGCAUUAUCCAGAAGCAUCUGAAGUCUCUUGACCACAACCACAACCGUAGAGCCAUGAUGGAGCAGUCUAAGAAAUCAUCUUUAGUAGUUGCAAGAAGUAUACUUAACAAUAAACUGAUCAGCAAGAAGCUGGAGCGGUACUUGAAGGGUGAGAAUCCCUUCACAGAUGAUCCAGAAGAAAAAGAGGAGCACGAGGAAGGCGAGGGUGGAACCAGAGGAAAUGCAGAAGGAACAGUUGAAGAGGGAGAUGAAAACAAGGAUGAUGAAGAAAACUGUGAAGAAGAGAAUCAAAAUGAGGAAAGCAAAGAUCAAGAUGAAAAUCCAGAAGUGGAAGCAGCUGAGAAUCUGGGGGAGGAAGAGGACAUGGGGAUGGAGACAGAGAUAGAAGCAGGGACACAAGCAGAAGCACAAACACAGGCAGAGGCAGAUACAGAACACCCAGAGGAGCAGAGUUCACAGGCCGAAGAGGAAGCUUUCACUGGUGAGGAGGAGCACCUGCUAGAAGGAGGUGAAGAAGAAAGCAAAGGACUUGCUGCAGCAGACAAGGAGCCUGCAGAGGAGGAGCCUCCAGAGUGAACUCUGGAUGGGGAAGAUGAUGUGCUUAACACAUGACAGACUUUUUAUUUUAAAGCAUAACUGCCUCCGUGAAACCUCAUAGCACUUGUUUUUGGUUACUAUCCUACUAAACUUUCACCUAGUUACAGCAAUUGGAAACCUUUAUCUGUAAAGUGUUUUUGGAAAUAGAUUUUUUUUACCAAACCUUCAUUUUAGUAGCUAAGUUUUGUGCAGUCUGAGUUUUUAGAUGGCUUUGUACUAGGAGAAUUUCCUUUUUAGCAUGUGUACAAAAACUGCUGAUGCACCAUAUACAACAUCACAGUCUGGCAAAUGAAACUUCUUACCAUCUCCCCCCAAGAAACUUUUAUAUAUUUUAAAAAGUGGUUUGUCCCUUAGCCAGUCUUUCUGGAACUGCUGGAAGCUCAAUUUCAGAGUUUUAAAUUCUGCAGUACAUUCUGUAAGAUUCUGCAUAAUUCCCAUGUGACUGUAGUACUUUUCCCAAUGUUUUACUCUUCCUUUCAAUGCAGAGCAAAAAUAAGUGGUGUUGACAUUGUAUUGUUUGUAAAAUGCUUCCAUUCAAAGGUAAAUGUUCCAGUGGGUGGAGAUAAAACACUACACUGAGAUUA